AUGGACUGCAUCAUAGCAGUAGCCGAGAAACCGAGCAUCGCGGACGCCAUCGCAAAAGCAUUGGCGUCGUCGUCAAUCACGACGCGGUCCGCGACGGGCGUCCGCACGCACGAGUUCCAGGGUCGCUACGAGGGCCGCCAGUGCGAGUUCCGCGUCACGUCCGUGCUCGGCCACUGCUUCUCGCUGGACUUCGCCGAGGCCUACCGGGACUGGGACGCCUGCGACCCGGCCGAGCUCUGGGACGCGCCCGUCGUGAGCGUGCCGACGUCCGGCGGCGUGCUCAAGAACCUGCGCGAGACCGCGAGCGGCGGCGACGCGCUGAUCCUGUUCCUCGACUGCGACCGCGAGGGCGAGGCCAUCGCGUUCCAGGUCAUCGACGUCUGCGGCCCGCAGCUGCGGCGCGGCGCGGCUAUUCGCCGCGCCAAGUUCUCGUCGGUCACGGCGGAGGACAUCGCGCGGGCGAUGCGGAGCCUCGGCGAGCCCGACGCGAAUUUGGCCGAGGCCGUGCUCGCGCGGCAGGAGCUGGACCUGCGCGUGGGCGUGGCUUUUACGCGCUUCUCGACAAAACAUUUCCUUGACAAGUACGCUCUAUUAGAUGCGCGCCUUUUAAGCUACGGCCCCUGCCAGACGCCUACUCUUGGCUUUGUAGUCCAGCGCGAGGACGAGAUCGCGACGUUCGCGCCCGAGCCCUUCUGGGAGCUCACGGCCGAGGCGACGCUCGCCGGCGAGACGGUGGACGUGGCGUGGCAGAGAGGAAGGUGCUUCGACCGCGCCGUCGCGGCCGCGCUCGCGCGGGGCUGCGGGGCCGAGGCCGUCGUCGCCGAGGCCAGCGAGGGGACGCGCGCGCAGCCGCCGCCGCUGCCCUUCAACACGGUGGAACUGCUGAAGACGGCCUCCAAGGUCCUGCGCCUGAGCCCGGCGCAGACGAUGCGCCACGCCGAGCACCUCUACCUCGACGGCCACCUCUCGUACCCGCGCACGGAGACGAACAAGUUCCCGCCGUCCUUCGACGUCGAGGGCGCCCUGCGCCAGCAGGCGGGGGACGACCGUUGGGGCGCCUACGCGCGGCGGCUCCUCGACGACGGCGCCUGGUCGCGGCCGCGGCGCGGGACCGACGCCGGCGACCACCCGCCCAUCACGCCGACGGCGCCCUUCGACGGCGGCGGGCCGGCGGGCCGGCUCUACGAGCUCGUGGCGCGGCGCUUCCUCGCGGCCGUGUCGCCGGACGCGCUGCGGCGGGCCCAGCGCGUCGCGCUCCGCGAGCGGGCCACAGGCGAGGCCUUCACGUUUUCGCGCGAGGUCCUCCUCGAGCCGGGCUUCCUCGAGGUGCUCCAGACGCGCCGCGACGACGAGGGCUGCAGCCUCGUCGCGGCGCUGCCGGCGGCGGGCGCCGCGGUCCCGCUCCGCGUCGAUGCCGUGCCGCGCGAGCGGCAGACGCGGCCGCCCGACCGCCUCACGGAGGCCGAGUGCGUCGCGCUCAUGGAGAAGCACGGCAUCGGCACGGACGCGUCGAUCCCGUCGCACAUCGAGAACGUCUGCAAGCGCAACUACGUCCAGGUCGACUCUGGCCGGCGCCUCCGGCCGACCACCCUGGGCCUGGCCCUCGCGCGCGGCUUCGGCGUCGUCGACGCGGCGCUCGUGCAGCCCGCCGUGCGCGCGCAGAUCGAGAAGCUGUGCGACGUCGUGGCGCGCGGCGACGCGCCGCGGGGCCGCGUCGUCGCGCACGCGAUCCAAAUGUUCGCGGCAAAAUUUGCCUACUUCACCAACAACCUCGCCGGCGUCGAGGCCCUCUUCGACGCCGUCUUCGACGAGCGGCCCGAGGGCGACAAGGCCGAGCGGCCCUUCGCCCGCGACGGGCCGACGGCGCAGUACCUGCUCAAGCGGGGCCGGCGCCUCUUCGCGCCAGCGACGAAGGAGCUCCUGCAGCUGCCCGCGCCCGGCGCCGUCGCGAGCCUCAACGGGGCGCGCUGCCCCGCCUGCCGGUCGGAGCUGCUGCGCUACGCGCUCCGCGACGGGCCCGGGGCCCACGACCGCACGGACGUGGCGUACCCGCUCUGCGCGCGCUGCUUCGACGUCGUGGCCGGCGGCGGCGCCGGCGUCGACGGCGCGCUCGCCGCGCUCCACGCCGCCGCGGAGGAGAGUUGGGGCGCGGCGCCGCCGUCGCUCUGCCUCGAGUGCCCGAUGCCCGACGGCCACCCGGCGCUCGGCGCGUUUCUCGUCGCGCGCGAUGCGCGAGACAUUUUUGGCGGCGCGGCGCGGGGGGUGGCGGUGCUGGAACCGGGACGCGCCGGCGCGAAGACGCGGCCUCGCGUCGUGUCGACGCGGCCGCCCGUCUUCGUGGGCACUUUUCACGCAUCCGUCGCGAGCGUCGCCAUCAUCGCCGGCCCUCGGCUCCGCCUCACAUUUGCCAAGGGCGAGUCCCCGCUGGACCAGGGCGCGGGCGCCUGCACGCGGCCGCCCACCGACCCCCUCGUGAAAGCGCUCCUCGCCGCGAAGCGGACGACGCUCGCGCCGCACGUCGGGCGCGGCCGCGGCCGCGGGAAGGGUCGCGGCGGCGGGCGUGGAGGCAAGGGGCGGCGCGGUGGUGGCAAAGGGAAGAAGGGAUGA